AUGAUACAGUCGCCAUCGCCAUCCCAACCUCGUUCAGCUGGCUCAUUUGGCGACGCUUCUAAUCAUCCAACAAAACAGGGAGGCUUCCAUGAUCACAUAUUGGGACGCACUCUUGGACAAGGCGGAUCUUUACGCCUGGUUAUAUUCUCUUCCUGCAUUUCUAAUGUCAUUAGCAUCAUUCUUGACGCUAAAGACGAGCUAGAGAUUAAAGCAAGCUAG